UUAUCUUUUCAUAUAUCUAUUCUCCUGUCAGGAUCUGUAAAACUCACUCUGUCAUCCAAGGAUUAAAUUGAGUAAAAAAUUGCAGAUUCUGUACUAAAUGAGUGCGGAAAAAAAUUAAACUUGACGGCAAAAGUUGGGGAUGAAUUGAACGUUAUUCGCAGUCUUUCUGUACCUAAAAAAGGUUUGAACUUUGGAAAAAAGAAAAAGGUUUUGAAAAUUGAAUUAAGAAAAGACAUGGCGUCAUCACCUCCGAUUAACAAAGUCUCACCAACAGAAACCCUAAACCCUUCUUCUAUCACUGAAAUCUCCAAACCAAUGAGCCCUCAAUCACCGGAAACCACCAUUGCCGCCACCGCCGACGAUAACAACAACAAUGGGAAUGAGUCAAAUAACCAAGGAGAGAAGAGAAAGAGAGAGGAGACCGAAGAACAACAGUCAGAAACAGAAGAAAAAAGUGAACUUUCACACAACCCCUAUUAUAAAACCUCACUAUGUUCUUAUUUCAGGCGUCAUUCAGCGUCCUGCAGCCAUGGAAGUGAGUGUAAGUAUGCGCACGGCGAGGAGGAGCUCCGACAGCGGCCGGAUAAUACUUGGGACCCCACUUCAGAGAGGGCGAAGAAAGCAAUAAAAUUGGAGAAGAACAGUGAUAAUUGUGAUGUUAAAGAAGAGAAGGAAGAGAUUAUGAUGACUGAAAUGAUUGGUGAUGAUGAUGGAGAUGGUGCUGGUGGUGAAGGAGGAGGGUGUUUAGAUCCUGAGCUUAGUAAAUGUUUAGUGCAUUUGCCUAGGAAGUGGAAUUCUGAUAACUUCAAGAACUUUCUCAAUGAGCAAGGUGUUCUCUUCAAAUGGGCAAAGAAAAAGAAAGGAAUGGUUGUAGGUUUUGUGACUUUUGAGACAGCUGACCAAUUGAAGAAGGCAAGUGAGGGUCUGGAAGGAAAAUCUGUUGGGAACAAGAAAGUCAAGGUUGCUGAUGUGAUCCCUCGAUCAUAUGACAAGAAUAUAAAAUCAGCCAUGGCUCUACCUCACAACAAUUCACAAAAAAUGGAAUCCUUGUUGGAUGGAGAAAAUGCUGAUGUUAUUGAGGAUGGUGAUAGAAGUAAUGGUGCUUCAAAAUUUGACAGUUCCACUUCCAAGGCAAAAAGUGCCUGUGAAGUAGUGACUCCCCUUGCUCAUAUGUCUUAUGAAGACCAGUUGGAGCACAAGAAGAACUCUAUCAUGCAAAUGCUUAAAAAACUGACUAGGAAUGCACGUAAAGCAUGUCCAAAUGGUGUUUCUUUGCCAGAAUGGGUUCUCAAGUCUAGGGAAAUAGGUGGCCUUGCAUGCAGCCUUGAGGGUAUUCUUGAAUCACCCCUUGUGAAUGGAUACCGUAAUAAAUGCGAAUUUUCAGUUGGAUACUCUCUACAGGGAAAACCUAUUGUUGGGUUUAUGCUAGGAAAUUUUAGAGAUGGCGUAACAGCUGUGGAAGAACCUAUGGACUGCCCAAAUGUUUCCAGUAUUGCUAGCAAGUAUGCUUUAAUAUUUCAGGAAUUUCUGCAAGAAUCAGGCUUGCCGAUUUGGAAUAGAUUUAAAAAUACUGGAUUCUGGCGUCAAUUAACGGUCCGAGAAGGAAGAUUACCAGAGAAAGAUGCUGAUAUCAAAGGUGAUGUCAACAUGUCGGAGAUCAUGCUUAUUGUUCAGGUAUGCUUAGCUGGCUUUGACGAUGAACUGAUAAACAGUGAACUUUGGAGGUUAGCUCAUGCAUUCACGACUGGAGCUGCUGCAAAUUCUCCACCAUUGCCUUUAAAAGUUUUGGUUCUUCAGGAUCACCAAGGAAUAUCAAAUGUUGCACCUGCUGAUGCUCCAUUGAGAAUUCUACCCCUUCCAAAUGUAGAGAGUAGCUCUGAAGCAGAGGCAACCAAGAAUGUCGUUGAAGCGAGAAUUCAUGAUCAUAUAAACAAUCUUCGUUUUUCCAUAUCACCAACAGCUUUUUUCCAGGUUAACACACUUGCUGCAGAGAGACUAUAUUCGCUUGCGGGAGAUUGGGCUGGUUUGGGUCCCGACACCUUGCUGUUUGAUAUAUGCUGUGGGACUGGAACAAUUGGGCUCACUUUAGCACAUCGCGUUGGAAUGGUUGUCGGCAUUGAAAUGAAUGCUUCUGCAGUUUCAGAUGCUCACCGGAAUGCUGAAAUUAAUGGCAUAAGAAAUUGUAGGUUCAUCUGUGCAAAGGCGGAGAGUGUGAUGGCAUCUCUAUUGAAGGAGUACCUGAAUGAGCCUCAAAAGCAAGAUGAAGUGUCAUAUGCAGGUGAAACCAGUGACAAGGACCUUACUGCCUGCGAAGAUAAAGAUACUCCUGUGGGUAAUGUGGUAGACACUACUGAGAACUCAAGCCACGAGCUUGGCAAUGGUAAAAGUGAUUCUAGGUGUUCAGAAGAUGGCGAACAAGAACACCAAAUCCAUCCUCAGGAUAGUUGUGCCUCAAAAGAUGGAACUUACUCUGUGCCACAAUUUAAAAAUGUUGUUGCCAUUGUUGAUCCUCCCCGUAAUGGGCUUCAUCCCACUGUGAUCAAAGCUCUAAGAACUCAUUCACAUCUACGGCGUCUUGUAUAUAUUUCUUGCAAUCCUGAAACAUUAGUUGCAAAUGCUAUUGAGCUUUGCACACCAUCACCUGACAAAAUAGAGAAAGGGAAAAAAAAUAACCGGGGGUGGAGGAACAUGAGUAGUGCUGGUUUGGCACGCCAUAGAGCGCAAUCUAUGCCCAUUUCGGAGCCCUUCCGACCAGUAAAAGCCAUGGCUGUUGAUCUUUUCCCACAUACUACGCACUGCGAAAUGGUAAUGCUCCUGGAGAGAUGAAAUAUGCCAUUCUCACAUCUUAUAUGUAUUGCAGUAGCAAAAAUUGCAAAAGAUCUGUCUGAGUUAUGUUCAAAAUUUUGACAGAUAGCUUCUAUCUGAUCCAUUUCAUGUUCAACCCUUUUUGAUUUUGAAGUCAUCCUAACAUUUAAUUUAAUCCAAUAUGAGGAGAAUUUCCAGUCAUGAAGAAUUCCCAUCAAGAUGGAGAAUAGGGACCCCUCCACUGUGUGGCCCAAAUAUAUGACAGGAAAAAAAGAUGGCAACCUCUGUUUGCAAUUUCA